AAUCAGCUGUCAGGGGACCGUGAUAAAUCGCAAUGCAUUAUUGAUAAUAAUAAUUACGUUGACAUGCGCAUUUCUACUUGAAGGGGUUAAUUUUCCCCAAGCCAGAAGAAUUUGCUGAAGAAGGAGAGGAAUAUUGCCGGCGACUCUUUUGCUCCUGAUGGUUACACCAUGUCGAGGCGCAAGCAAGCCAAACCGCAGCACAUCAACUCCGACGAGCCCGGCUCGGCACAGAACGGGAUUCCUCGCGAUGAUCAAGCGGAGGACACAGCACAUGAAGCCAAGAGAUUCAGAGUGGACGAGACCAGAGUCUGCAACAAGUGUUGUGCCGAAUUCUUCGAUGAAGCAGAGUUUCUUGAGCAUGAGAGAAAAUGCACUAAGAGUCAGCAAGUGGUCAUCGUGAAGGACGGAGAUGGCGUUGAAGUGCCUGAGGAAUAUUCUCAAGGCUCUCCCGAAGGCCUUACCAGUGACCAUGACGAUAGCCACUCCAGCAGCAAUUCCCUCUCAAAUGUCAAUACCGACCAUCUGGAAAGAACGGAGGAAGAUUCCAGCAUGAAUGCAGAAGACUCGGGACAUCACGAUCAGACCGAAAUGCCUCCUAGCCCUGAUAUGAUUUUCCGCCCCUCACUGAAAAUUCAAAAUUCAAAUGUCACUCUCGAAACCAUGGCGGACACCAAAGUGGCUGUCUCCCAGCAUUACUCAAAUGGUACAUCUCUGACCUCGUCACAGGAGCUGCUGCAGUCCAUCCCGAUUAUCCUGGAACAGUUGGUGUUCCUCCAGCAACAGCAGCUACAGCAAAUCCAGCUCACAGAACAGAUCCGAAUCCAAGUAGCCACAAUGACUCCACAGGGUCUCCAGGCAUCGGUAGGGGCAGUAGUGGACCCUUUAAAAGCCCUCGGUGCACAUCUCUCUCAACAGCUGUCUGCUGCUGCGGCUCUGAUCGGAAAAAGGACCGGCAGUCAGAGCCUUUCUAUGGAGACCAUGAAGCACGGUAAAUUACCUCUGACCACCGGCCUCCCUACCUCUCUACACGGAGGACUGGAAUCUAUGACUUCUAAAACAGACAUUUUGAAGGGCAUUUCAGAUCUGGCUAGCCGCAUACCAGCACCACUGCCACAGUCGCCAGGUGUCAUGGGUUUCACCGGCACCUUCACCGGUGUCCAAUCAGGGAUCGAGUCCUCCAAAAAACUGAAGACAAAGAUGCCGAUCCCAGCACCGGCACCAGAACCAAAGAAUGGUGACUCGUUAUACAGGCACAAGUGCAAGUACUGCGGUAAGUCCUUUGGCAAUGACAGUGCUCUCCAGAUCCACUUGCGUUCUCACACCGGCGAGAGGCCCUUCAAGUGUAACAUUUGUGGAAACCGCUUCACGACCAAAGGUAACCUCAAAGUGCAUUUCCAGAGGCACAGAGACAAGUAUCCAAGCAUCGGCAUGAACCCGCAUCCUGUGCCGGAGCAUCUUGACAACAUCCCCACCACCAGUGGCAUCCCCUAUGGCAUGUCUGUGCCCAUGGACGAGUCAAACUUGACCGACACCAAGCCCACGCUGGGUCAACCUGCUGCUGGCUUCCACCCGUCACCCGCACCUGCACCCGCACCCGCACCAGGAUCCAAGACCUCUUUUGACAGCUUUGCAGGGGACCCGUUUUCUCAGAGACCCUCCCCACCAACAAGUGACGACUCCCCGUCGGUUUCCUCUCAUGUGUUUGCCCAAGAGACGGGAGUGGACCCCAAUCAGAGGGACACGAAAGAACUGCUUGGAGCACUGCAUCAUAUGAACGGCAACGCCUUCGUAGGAGAACAAAGCUCUGGAACUGCAAAACUUCAGCAGAUGGUGGACGGCCUGGACAAGAGGACCAGGGACCCCAACGAGUGUGUGAUCUGCCAUAGAGUGCUCAGUUGCCAGAGCUCGCUCAAAAUGCAUUACCGCACACACACCGGAGAGAGGCCCUACAAGUGCAAAAUCUGCGGCCGCGCAUUCUCCACCAAGGGUAACCUCAAGGCCCAUUACGGCGUGCACAGGGCCAACACUCCCCUCAAGAUGCAGCACUCGUGUCCCAUCUGCCAGAAGAAGUUCACCAACGCUGUGGUUCUGCAGCAGCACAUCCGUAUGCACAUGGGUGGGCAGAUCCCCAACACCCCGGUGCCAGAAAACCAGUUUGAAGCGGCAGAAGCAAUGGAGUCCUCUCUGUCAGAGGAGAAGUCUAUGGAUAUGAAUGGUUUUGACGCAAGCGUGGAGGAUCAUGAGCCAGAGCUCAACUCCCAGAAGCCCAACGGCACCUCAGAUUCCCUCCCACUCGCCUCUGAGGAACAACAACAACAACAACAACAACAACAACAACAACAACAACAACAACAGCAGCAGCAGCAGAAGCAUGCUGCCCCUCCCACCAUUUUUUCCAGCCUGGAGGUUUUGAAGAAUCUCACCUCUGCUCUUGCACUGAAUCGACAGAGUAGCACCGCUUCGGAAAGCGAGGGAACAUCCAAAGAAUCCCCAUCAGCUCCCAGAGAGCAGGAAUACCAGAACGGCCGCAGUCCUGCCAUUUCUGACUCUGCCAUGUCGUUUCACUCCUCCUCCCCACUGAACAACAAUAUGAGUAUCGGCAAGUCUCCCGAGCCUGCUGUUGAUGAAUUUGCCCGUAGUCUGUCUAAUCUGGAGUCUGAUGUUGGUGGCACGGAGUCCAGUGGGGCCCUUGACCUCACAGCUUCCAGCAGCUUCAUCCCCAAAGCAAUCAAAGAAGAGCCCGGCCUGCCAUUCACAAACGGAGAUUAUGUUCCCAGUAACAUGACCUUCAUGAGGAUGCCAUCGAGUCUGGCCAGCCUGGAGAUGAAGUUACCUCGCGAGAAUCCCAUGGGCCCUCACGGUUUGUUCAGCUCCCACAUGCCUCAGGGAACGUCCAUGCCCUCCUCCAUCUCCAGCGCACCACGCCGAUCAGCCAAACAGCACGUGUGUCACGCCUGUGGCAAGAACUUCUCAUCUGCCAGCGCCUUGCAGAUCCACGAACGCACUCAUACGGGGGAGAAGCCUUUUGGCUGCAACGUCUGCGGCAGGGCUUUCACCACAAAGGGAAAUUUAAAGGUGCAUAUCGGCACUCACAUGUGGAACAACACGUCGCGGCGGGGCCAGCGUCUGUCUCUGGAUAACCCCAUGGCGCUGAUGGCAAUGAGCUCCGAGGCUAAGAUGUUGCCAGAACUGAUGCAUGCCCCCAAAGAACUGGGUGUCCCACCAAUGAACUUUGACCAGUCUCUGUGGAACCAGUAUGCUGCUGCCUUUACGGGAGGCCUCACCAUGAAGACCAAUGAAAUAUCUGUCAUUCAGGGUGGUGGCAUCCCCUUCCCUGGGAGUCCUGCUGGUGGGCCUCUGAUUGGCUCCACUGGAGGCCUCAUGAAGAUGGAUGGGUCCCACUCUGGCUUGCCUGCCUCCAUGGCAGAAAUUGAGAAGACCAGUUCUGACAGCGUGCCAAAAUCGCAGUUCCCACAUUUCAUGGAGGAGGGUAAAAUUGCAGUUAACUAGGCUUUUGUAGCCAUAAGUCAAUUUACCACCUGAACUCAGUUUUUGAAUGUCUCUUUUCGAAUGAGGUACAAUCAAUAUUCACAGAGAACCUUGUAGAAUGUGCUUAGAUUGUUUGAAUUUUUCCAGUAACUUCAUCGCAGCUCUCCCUCCCCCCACUCUUGAUUUAAAGUGUUAUUUUUAGUUGAACUUGAUAUAACUACUGUAGUUGUAUUUUAUUUUAUAGAAAUAUAUAUGCGGGUAUUUCUUUCCUGUUACUUUUGUUUUUGUUUUGCUGUCUAUCCGGAAGUUUGAAUGUAUAACUUACUUGAAACUGCUUUAAUUCAGACUGUCUCCUCAAUACUUUUUUCGAAGGAUUUUGACUUUAAUAGGACGUUUCAGGACAUGGCUUUUUUUUUUUUUUUAAGGGAAGCAUGUCUCUGUGUUCAGAAAUAUUGGUGUAGUUAAAAAUGUAUCUAGAAUGACUGACUACUUUUCCUCCUAUUGUGUGCCAUAGAUUUUAUGACAUUGUGCAUUUUUUGUAGUGGUAAAUGUCAUUAGCUUGUCUCAUUUUGAAGCGGCUUUUGAUCAGACUGACAUAUUAUUCCAGUGUCUAGUCCAUUUAAAUCAAGGUGCAACCGUUCACUCAUCUGUUUCAGAUAAUGUAGAUUACAAAAAAGGCUUUCAUCAUUGUUGCAUCAGUGCUAAGAUACUGUAGGUAAAGACUCAGACCUUUUGCCAAGCGCCUAAAUUGAAUUGUACAAUGUUGCUGUUGUCUUUCACUGCACCAUAGGGUUGUCAUGAAGGCACUGUUUGACUGAUAGAUUAGUGUUUUGAACUGUAUACCAUUUGUAGCGUUGUAUUUCAUAUUUCAGUUUAAAAAAAAGUCAAUUUCCCCCGCAAAACAUAUUCCACUUGUAAAUCCGCAGAUUCAAACUUGGUUGGCUGAGAGCUGAAGGCUAUUAUAUGCUUAAUGAUCUCAUGCCUGCACUUUAUUUCAGGUUUGAGUACAUUUACAUAUUAUAGUUUCAUUUCUCCGCUUUUAUUGUGAUGGCUGAACAGGGAAAGGGCAAAUCAACAAUUUUGUUUACUUUCCCUUCUUGUCAGAUUUUGUGUGAAACAACCAAAAUGUCAGAACUUUUGUUCUAGGUUAUCAUAUCAACUGUAGCAUCAUUAAUUUAUUUAUAAUUCAUAAAAGGCUUGAGUUUAGGGGGUACGUUCUACCUCGUUUAGAUUUUAGUUGUCCUCCUUGCCCCCGACGCUCAACGCAAUGCUCUGUACAUUUUCCGAUACAUUCUGGAGUAUACGAUAAGAAUUUCAUUCUCAACCUGCUGAGUUGAACAGUAAUGAAUGUAUCACUGGACACUUUACACAACUCAGAAUGGUCAGAGUACUUUGUAGGCCCCUGCUGUACAUUCCUUAUCGAUAUGCAUUUGCCAAGUUGUGCCUUUCUUUAGCAAACCAUGUCAAAACUGCUUUAAAGUUGGUCUCUACAAUUCAAGUGAUGUUGAGCCAAUUUGGCCUGUUUACAAUGUAAAUGUUUUUGUUUUGUUCUUCAAAUGUUUCCUACACCUUACUAUUUUCUGAUUUUU